CACACACUGACACACUCAAGUCCUAAGGUUCCAAACCUAAAACCCAGCUUCGUCAACGGAACCGCCGCCGCCGUCCGUGGUUGUCGGCGUCUUCGCGGCCUCCUCCUUUCCCUGUCCCAAAUCCAUACGGCCAGACCUUCUCUUUGUCUGCUCAGACGCGCUUCCGCCGCCGUUUGUUUGCCGUUCACGUUCGCCUCUUCGUUCAGCCGUCGUCUUCCUUCGCGUUCUUCGCCGUUCGCGGUCGCUCGGCGUUCACCGUUCGCGUUCACUCGCCGUUCACUGUUCGAGUUCGCAUUAGCGUUCGUCUGGAAGCCACGUUGCUCUCCUUCAAACUCUGCGACCAACCCGCGCGCUCCACCUAGCUGUCGAAAUUGCUCUCUUUUGUCGCCCGCCCAGCUACAAUACAAAUGGCGAAUGGUAUCACGCACCAGCCUCCUCCUUCCAUGCUCGUGGACCAGUUUAACGCCUUACUUCCACAGCGCCAAAGCUACCUCAAGGCUUUCUCUACCGAAGAAAUUGUUCGGACGUAUGGGCUAUUGUUGUCAGAACUUACCUCCAAUGUGAAUCCCAUCAUUACCGAUCUCACUAUCAUUGCUGGCCAGCAGAGGAAACACGCCAAGGGCAUCGCCGAUGCCAUUUGCAACCGGAUUCUUGAGGUGCCUGCUGAUAAAAAACUUCCUUCUCUCUAUCUUCUGGACAGCAUUGUGAAGAAUUUUGGCCAGGAAUAUGUUAAAUACUUCUCUUUACGUCUACCUCAAGUUUACUGUGAGGCAUACAGGCAGGUCCAGCCUAAUCUACAUUCUGUUCUGCAACGUCUCCUUGGUACUUGGUCAAAGAUCUUUCCUCCCUUUGUCCUAAGUAAUAUUGAAGCUCAAUUGCAAUCUUCAUCAGCAAUUAAUAAUCAACAACCCUUUGCUAGUCACUUUGGAGAAUAUAAUUUUCAUGGACCGAUUCUUGGAGCACAUGUUAUUAAACCACAAUCCUUGCAGCAGAUGGAACACUCUAGUUCAAUUAUGGAUAUUGUUGGUGGUGAUCGGUUGGACUCAACGGGAACUGUAGGUAAUACAAGAGAAGGAGGGUUGAAUGAAUGGCAGCAAAAGAGAUUUUCUAGUGAUGGUUGGAACAUAUUCCAAACUUCCAAGACUUAUAAUCUCAAUGAUGAACAACAACGUCAAAGUCCAAGAGCUCUUAUUGAGGCAUAUGGUUGUGACAAAGGCCGUGAAAUUCCUAGUACUAAGCUUUUGUUUUUGGAGCAGCAGCCUGGCAGAGAUGGUUUAGGGAGCAAGUUUCCAUUGGCAUCAUGGCAGCACACUGAAGAAGAGGAGUUUGAUUGGAAAGAUAUGAAUCCAGGAUUAGUAGACUGUAGUAGAAACAGCAGUUCUAUGCAAUCAAGUGUUAGAUUCUCCAGGAAAAGGAAGUUAUCUAAUGAUCUAUCUAAUUCUUCACAGUACCCGUUCAAUAUGGGGGCUGCUUCCCCUGCUUUCAAUGCUCAUGCUACUCGUCCUUCCGGCUUGAAUCCAGCAUUUCCAUUGCAAAAACGUCCUAGGAGUCUGUUUGAACCAAUAAACAUUAAUAAUAACACCAAUGUGGGUCAUGGUCCAAUUAGAACUCUGUUUAUACAUGACCAGUUGCCUAAUCAACCUGGACCAAUUUCCUCUAACAUGCAAAAUCAUGGACAAGCACCUCAACUACAGUUUCUUCCACCUCAAGUUCCAUCUUCAACACAAAUUAGUCAUGGGAGCUCUUUGCAUUUACAUGGGGGAACCUUGCCACCUUUACGUCCAAGCCUCCCAACUGCUCCAUCACAAAUGAUGUCUCAUCCCCAUGCCCAUGAUUCGAUGACAAGUCAACCACCACCUACAUAUCUUGAUUUGAUUAGUUCACUAGUGAACCAUGGGGUGAUCUCGGUAACCAAUCCACCUACCGGACUGGAUUCCAUUGGGACGGAGUUCGAUCCAGAUAUCUUGAAGGUUCGUCAUGAAGGUGUAAUCAGUGCCUUAUACGGUGAUCUUCCUAGACAAUGCACGAGCUGCGGUCUCCGAUUCAAAAGGCAAGAUGAGCACAGUAGACAUAUGGAUUGGCACGUGACUAGGAACCGAAUAUCAAAAAGCCGGAAGCAGAAGGGGUCUCAAAAGUGGUUUGCAAGUGGGAGCAUGUGGCUAAGUGGUGCAGUGGCUUCGGGAAAGGAAUCGAUUCCAGAGUCGGUGGCUCCCGAAGAGACAGAGGAAAAGAAAGACGAGGAAGAGUUAGGCGUUCCUGCUGAAGAGGAUCAGAGUAGAUGUGCACUGUGUGGAGAGGGAUUCGAUGAGUUUUACAGCCACGAAAUGGAUGAGUGGAUGUAUAGAGGAGCCACAUACCUUAAGGCACCCAUGGGAACAACAUUGGCCACCAUGGACAGACAUCAACUAGGGCCCAUUGUUCAUUCCAAAUGCAGAUCUGACUCUGACUCUACUAUGCCCUCAACCAACAGCAACAGGGAACCUACCAAGAGAGUAGUAAGAGAAAAAGAAUGUGGGUCAAUCAAACAUCAGUUUUGUGCACCCUUAAUUAGGACUUGCUAAUAAUUUUUAGGGUAUAGUUGUGCUAGUAGUGUUCCUAAUUUCUUGCCAUCAAAUACUGUUAAUUGCUGUUGCUAGUGCUCUAUUAUUGUUCCGGUGGGAGCCCCUGCACUAGAUUUCAUUUAUCAGCAAAAUCUUACUGUAUGAAUAAGCACGUUUAAUUCAUUGAAUUUAAUAAAAUUCUGCAU